CAUCCAUCUCUGGCACUUAAGCAUUUCACCGCCAGCCGCUGGCCUUGGAACCCAUGCAGGACAGUUAUUGGAAGUGACUCCAAGCGAUUCUUGUGGUGGCUCCAUGGGCUUUUCGUUUCGGCUCCACAUCGCUCCAGGGAUCUUCCUUGAUGAACCGGGCCGCCACGCAGGUGUCGCAUUUCGGCCCCGCUGCGAGGCAGGUGCGUUGGCGCCAGUGGCUCUUCCCACAAACCAGCAAGGGAUGGCAACCUGAACGCUUUGAGCAUGAAGGGAAAGCCUUGCAGUUUGCGCGGCAGUCCAAACGCAUUCCAAUCUGGAAGCUUGGCUGGGCGACCACCAUCCCAACGAAGUACCUGAUCAUGGUGGAACAUGGGCAAGCCAGAUUGGGCCCAGCUUACAGAGAGGAGCGGCACUUGUGGGCACCAUCAUCAACAGAGGAGACGUUCAUCACAAGAAGUCGAGAUGGUACAGUUUUUCUUCGAUUCAAAUCAGAAGUCCUUCGAGUGGCCGGGGUCCGAAGCGGAAUCCUUCGAAGUCCGUCCAGGUGCCUCCCAGGUGCCUCCCAGGCUUCCAGGUGCCUCCCAGAGCGUUCUGAAAAUUGGCCCAUCUUGAGGCACUUGAGCGUGUGCUGGGCGUGCCCUUGAGAAGACGGUCGAGGUCUCGCUUGGAACGCACACCAUAA